GAUCGCAGAUACCUUAUAAACCUUCUUCUCUGAGCGUUUGCUGCUGAACUCUUCAUUUGCUGCGUCUCUGUUUGUUCCGCUCGGUGCUUGGAGCCAUGGCCACAUCAGUGAAACUCAACACCGGAGCUCAAAUGCCCAUUUUGGGACUAGGAACGUGGAAGUCUCCCCCAGGAAAGGUGACAGAGGCAGUGAAAGUCGCCAUCGCCGCUGGAUACAGACACAUCGAUGGUGCGUUCAUUUACGAGAACGAGAAGGAGGUGGGAGAGGGAAUCCACGCCAUGAUCAAGGAUGGUGUGGUCAAGAGAGAGGAUCUUUUCAUUGUCAGCAAGCUGUGGAGUACAUUCCAUGAGAAGCCACGUGUGCGACAAGGCUGUGACAAGACUCUUAGUGACCUAAAACUGGAUUACCUUGACCUCUAUUUAAUUCACUGGCCACUGGGAUUCAAGUCUGGUGAUGUUAACUUCCCAUUAGAUGAAGCCGGCCUGGUCAUUCCUGAUAACUCCAACUUCUUAGAAACCUGGGAGGCUAUGGAGGAGCUUGUUGAUGCUGGGUUGGUCAAAGCUAUAGGAAUCUCUAACUUCAACAAGGAUCAAAUUGAAGCCAUUUUGAACAAACCAGGACUCAAGUACAAGCCUGCAAACAACCAGGUGGAAUGUCAUCCGUACUUGAAUCAACAGAAGCUGAUUGACUACUGCCACUCAAAGGGCAUCUCUGUGACGGCCUACAGCCCCCUGGGCUCCCCCGACAGACCCUGGGCUAAGCCAGAGGACCCCUCUCUACUGGAGGACCCUAACAUUAAAGCCAUCGCAGAGAAGCACAAGAAAACAUCGGCUCAGGUCCUGAUCCGCUUCCACAUCCAGAGAAAUGUCAUUGUUAUUCCGAAGUCAAUCACUCCUCAGAGGAUCCAGGAGAAUUUUCAAGUGUUUGACUUUGAACUGAGUGAGGAAGAAAUGAAGACCAUCCUGGGAUUUAACCGCAACUGGAGAGUGUGUGGGAUGCAAUGGGGCAUAAAACACAAGGAUUUUCCAUUUAAUGCUGAAUUCUGAAACACCACCUGUUGGCUGUUACAUUUCAAGAUGCUUUUUUUAGUUUUACUGUUAAGACUACGUUAUUAAGUUCACUCCUGCAGAAGAAAAAAAAAGAAAAACUGAAAUUGUUGUUUUAAUAUUUGUUAUCAAAAACUUUUAAGGUAUUUUUUAUCUAUGUUUAUUUGAAAUGUGUGAAAUCUGCAUUCAUCUGCAUUUACAAAAGUUUACUGAAAAGAAAUUGUCUGUUUAUUUGGAAAACAAAAUAUAUAUAAAUAUAUAUAGUUACAUUAUCAGUUACUGUUCUGAUUUCUGUUAAACAUGUAAACUUACAGGCUAUGUACUUGUGAUUGCCUGGAGUUGGCCAAGCACUUCCUUUUGUCAUAUGAUAGUCAUGUUUGUUGUAUGUUCGAAGUCAUGUGUUGCUGUGUGCCUGGGAAUAAAAUGCGGCUUUCACUUCUCA